CGUAACCUCGUCAACCUCCCCAUCUCUCAUCUCAUCAGUACUAUGUUCACAUCCUAAGGCCAUCAUGGUCCUUCCGACCGCGCUACAAGAGUUCCUCGCCACAGGCAAUGCGACAUCCACCCUCUCCUUCUAUCUCAACGGCACCCCCGUCGCUCUUCCCAACCCCAACCCCCACUGGACCUUACUGGAUUUUAUCCGCUCCCAACAUGGCCUAAAAGGCACCAAGCUGGGCUGCGGCGAGGGAGGGUGCGGUGCCUGUACGGUGGUCCUACAAACCCGAGACGGUCGGCACAUUCGCCACCGCGCCGUCAACGCCUGCCUGUAUCCGCUCAUUGGAGUGGCCGGAAAACAUGUCAUCACGGUGGAAGGUCUCGGCAAUAUCGAUCACCCGCAUCCACUACAGGAGAGAUUGGCUAAGCUCCAUGGGUCGCAAUGCGGAUUCUGCACCCCCGGCAUUGUCAUGUCGCUGUAUGCCCUCGUGCGCAAUGCCUACGAUCCGGACACGGGUGACUUCAACCUGUCCGAGGAUGAUAUCGAGAUGAAGGGACAUCUGGAUGGAAACCUCUGUCGCUGCACCGGGUAUAAGCCCAUUCUGCAGGCCGCCAAGACCUUUGUCCAGGAGGAUCUCCGGGCUCGUCUGGCCGUGCGCACGCGAUCACCUACGGAGGAUACAGUGGAGUCCGAGUCGGAGACGUCCCGGCCGCCGUCCUGUGGGCGUCCUGGAGGAUGUUGCAGAGAUACUCCCGGGUCGUCCUGCUCGUCGGCGUCGGACCGGGCUAGCUCGCGCACCAGUGUAUCUACUCCGGAUACAGAGGUCGACAAGGAUGUGAAAGAAACCGCUGUUCCUCAAAUUGCAUUCCGCCCGUACACCCCCAACACCGAGCUCAUCUUUCCUCCUGGUCUGGCCAAGCUCAGUCCGCAGUUGCUCUGCUACACCGAUGAUACCAAAGCCUGGCUGCGCCCAGUGACCCUCGCGCAGACGCUGGACAUCCUAGCCCGCUGCCCAUCAGCCACGUUAGUCGGCGGUGCCAGCGAGGUCCAGGUAGACAUCCGCUUCAAAGGUGCCGAGUUUGCUGUCUCUGUGUUUGUUGGCGACCUUGACGAGCUGUCACACGUCACACCGGUAGAGAAAAACGGCACCAUCACGGAGGUAGUCAUCGGAGGCAACACCUCGCUCAGCGACAUCGAAACCGAAUGCGACCGACUUCUCCCCAGUCUCGGCCCUCGCGGCUCCGUCAUCUCGGCGACAGCCAAGGUGCUGCGCUACUUUGCGGGUCGUCAGAUCCGCAACGCCGCCUCGCUGGCAGGCAACAUUGCGACUGCCUCGCCCAUCUCUGACAUGAACCCGGUGCUCUUGGCUGUCAACGCCACCGUGGUGGCCCGAACGCGGACCGAGGAAACUUCGAUACUCAUGUCGGACAUGUUCUUGGGCUAUCGCAAGACCGCGUUGCCCCGCGGCAGCAUCAUCACCCAGAUCCGAGUUCCUUUGCCGCCACCUGGCGUCCGUGAGAUUACCAAAUCCUACAAGCAAUCCAAGCGCAAAGACGACGAUAUCGCCAUCGUGACCGCUGCAUUCCGCGUGCGUCUGGCUCCAGACAACACGGUCACCGAGGUCUCCCUCGCCUACGGUGGCAUGGCGCCUAUCACCCUGCUCGCGCGACACGCGCAGAGCGCCCUGCACGGCAAGAAAUGGGGCGUCAAGGCCGUCCUCGAUGCCACUCUUGAUGCCAUCCUCGAGGACUUCAACCUCCCCUUCUCGGUCCCAGGUGGAAUGGCGACCUACCGCCGGACCCUCGCGCUGUCUCUCUUUUUCCGCUUUUGGAACGAAGUGUUGGCCGACUUUCAGCUAGCUUCAGCAGACCCCGACGUGACGCAAGAAAUUCACCGUCAAAUCUCCCACGGCACGCGCGACAACUACAAUCCGCACGAGCAACGUGUGGUGGGAAAGCAGAUGCCGCACCUCUCAGGCCUGAAACACACCACAGGUGAAGCCGAAUAUGUCGACGACAUGCCGCCGCAGCACCGAGAACUCUACGGCGCCAUAGUGCUGUCACAGCGCGCCCAUGCCAAGAUCAUCUCGGUCGACUGGACGCCUGCUCUAGAGCCAGGCCGCGCGGUCGGAUACAUCGACCACACCAGCAUCCCGCCAGACAAGAACGUCUGGGGUCCGAUCGUGCAUAAUGAGCCUUUCUUCGCCGUCGACAAGGUCACCUCUCACGGUCAGCCCAUUGGCCUCGUCUAUGCAGAGACAGCGCUCCAGGCACAAGCAGCAGCCCGCGCCGUGCAGGUUGUCUACGAGGAUCUCCCCCCGAUUCUAACCAUCGAUGAAGCCAUCGCGGCAAAGAGCUUCUUCCCGCAUGGUAAGGAGCUGCGCAAGGGGGCGCCUCCGGAGAAGAUGAGGGAUGUGUUUGACAAAUGCGACCGCGUGUUCAGCGGAACCAUCCGUAUGGGCGGCCAGGAGCACUUUUACCUCGAGACAAAUGCCGCGUUGGUAGUACCGCAUCCUGAGGAUGGAUCGAUGGAUGUAUGGUCGUCGACGCAGAAUACCCUCGAAUGUCAAGAAUUCGUCAGCAUGGUCACCGCUGUCCCCGCGAACCGAAUCAACGUCCGAGUCAAACGGAUGGGCGGCGCCUUCGGGGGCAAAGAAUCGCGAAGCACUCCACUCGCCUGUCUUCUGGCCAUCGCAGCGAAGAAGACCCGCCGACCCGUCCGCGCCAUGCUCAACCGGGACGAAGACAUGAUGACCAGCGGGCAACGACACCCCUUCCAAUGUCGCUGGAAGGUGGGAGUCAUGAACGACGGCACCCUCAUGGCCCUAGAUGCCGACGUAUACAACAACGCGGGCUUCUCGCUUGAUAUGAGCAGCGCCGUGAUGGACCGCUGCUGCACGCAUCUAGAGAACUGCUAUAACUUCCCCAACGUGCAUAUUCGCGGAUGGGUGUGCAAGACAAAUACGCACAGCAACACGGCCUUCCGAGGAUUCGGUGGACCGCAGGCCAUGUUCAUCGCCGAGAGCUAUAUGAAUGCGGUGGCUGAGGGAUUAGGCAUUGACGUGGACACGCUGCGAUUGAAGAACUUGUAUCAGCAAGGUCAACUCACCCCGUUCCUGCAGCCCAUCGACCAGGAUUGGCACGUACCCAUGCUGCUCGAACAGGUACGAAAGGAGGCCCGCUACGACGAGCGCAGGGCCGAAAUCACUCGCUUCAACAACACCCACCGCUACCGCAAACGAGGCAUCUGUCUGAUCCCGACCAAAUUCGGUAUCUCCUUCGCUACAGCCCUGCAUCUCAACCAGGCCGGUGCAUCAGUGAAGAUCUACACCGACGGGUCAGUGCUACUCAACCACGGCGGCACGGAAAUGGGCCAGGGAUUGUACACGAAAAUGGUACAGGUCGCUGCACAAGAGCUCAGCGUACCUCCGGAGAGUAUCUUCACGCAGGAUACCUCGUCCUAUCAAACUGCCAACGCGUCACCGACAGCUGCCUCCUCCGGAAGCGAUCUCAACGGUAUGGCGAUCAAGAAUGCAUGCGACCAGCUGAAUGAGAGACUGCGUCCGUAUCGAGAACAGUUCGGCAAAGAUGCAGACAUGGCAACAAUCGCGCACGCCGCAUAUCGCGACCGAGUCAACCUCGCAGCCAGCGGGUUCUGGAAGAUGCCCAAGGUGGGCUACAAAUGGGGAAAUUAUGACCCCGCGACAGUGAAGCCGAUGUAUUAUUACUUCACACAGGGCGUCGCCUGCACCGAAGUCGAAUUGGAUCUCCUAACAGGAGACCACACGGUCCUCCGUACCGACAUCAAAAUGGACGUCGGGUGCUCCAUCAACCCCGCCAUCGACUACGGGCAGAUCGAAGGCGCCUUCGUGCAAGGCCAAGGUCUCUUCACCAUGGAAGAAACCCUCUGGACGCGCAAUGGACAGCUCGCAACCCGAGGUCCAGGGACAUAUAAAAUCCCCGGGUUUAGUGACAUCCCGCAGGAGUUCAAUGUGAGUUUCCUGCAAGGCGUGGAGUGGGGCCAUUUGAGGAGUAUUCAGAGUAGUAAGGGGAUUGGAGAGCCGCCGUUGUUCUUGGGGUCCACGGUAUUGUUUGCGCUGAGGGAUGCGUUGAGGAGUGCGAGGAAGGAUAAUGGGGUAGAAGGGGAGCUGGUGUUGCAUAGUCCGGCGACGGCGGAGAGGUUGCGGUUGGCGGUGGGGGAUGAGUUGUUGGAGAGGAGUCGGGUGGUGGGCAAGGAGGGAGAGAAGGGAUUUUUUGUUGCUGUUGCGUGAUGUGCAGAUGUCAUGAGACAUGCCUGUUGAUGAUGCUAGCUAGUAUAUAUGUUGUCUUAAUCGAGGUCUCCGCCUUGAGGGUUGACUCACGCUUAAGAGGUAGCUGCAUUAGGGGUAACGUCCCUCUUGUAUUGC